AUGUCGGCUUAUGCCGUCAUUGGAGCUGUUGCGGGGAUAGUCAUAAUCUUGGCCAUUAUAACUUCAGUUUACUGCAUGUGUUCGCGACAAACGAAGGCACAAGCAGAUAUUCUACCCACCGAGACAUUCGAGGCAUACGAGAAUCCUAUAUGGAAGAAAACGGAGGUUGAACACCGCGAGUCUCUAGAAAGCUUAGCCAACAUAGCUCAAUCUAUGAAAGUGUAUAAUUUCCUCGAGUUGCAGUAUGCAACAGAUGAUUUCAGCCCUGGUUCACAGGUCAAGGGCACUGUUUUCCGGGGUAAAAUGAAUGGUGAUUUGAUCGCCAUCAAGAAGAUGAAUGGGGAUGUAUCCAAGGAGAUAAGUUCCCUAGACAAGAUCAACCAUUUCAAUCUUAUUCGUGUUUUAGGUGUUUGCUUUAAUGAAGGGCACUGGUUUCUCAUCUACGAGUUUGCAUCAAAUGGGCCUCUGAGUGAUUGGAUUUUCAGCAGUAACACUAAUCAAAAGUUCUUAAGUUGGACACAAAGGAUGCAAAUUGUGUUAGAUGUUGCCAGAGGGCUUAAUUAUAUCCACAGCUAUAAUAUCCCUCCUUAUGUGUACAAGGAUCUGAAGAGCAGUAGUAUUCUCCUUGACAGUGAAUUCAGAGCAAAGAUCAGUAAUUUCAGGCCAGCAAGAUUUGCAGAAAGGCAAAGAGGUCAAACUACAUCUGAGGAAAUCUACCUUUCACCAGAGUAUCGAGAGAAAGGUCAGCUCUCGCCAAAACUAGAUGUAUAUGCUUUUGGGAUGCUAUUGCUAGAGGUACUCACAGGCAAAAAGAUUGCUAAUCUAUAUGAACGGCUAAACGGGAAUUUAUCAGAGGUUUUCGUGGGUGUUUUUGAUGAAAUGAAGGGAAAGGAUCAGCUAAGGUGUUUGAUGGAUCCUUCCCUUAAGGAGAAUUAUCCUUCUGAAUCUGCUAUGUCCAUAGCUAGACUAAUAGAAUAUUGCCUAAAUAGAGAUCCAUCAAGCAGGCCGGAUAUGGACGAAAUCGUAAGGUCUCUAUCAAAAGUUCUGAACAUGUCAAUGACCUGGGAAACAUCACUGUGA